UCCGCUCGGGAGGGCUCUCUCACACACAUUUCCUACACACACUGUUCCGUGCUGACGAGCGGGGGAGAUAUGAGAACGGGGCGUCCUCCCUCUCCACUCUUCUAAAAACACACUGGACGCUUCUUGUAAGGUUACCGCCGGAGAUCUGACACACACUCUUUCAAAAAGACAUACAAACACAAACUCAUCAGGGGGAGACGAACCAGCUGAGAUUUGUUUUCAAACUGUCCCCCGAUGGCUGCGUGACAGGUCCAUUGAACGCGCAAGAAGACGCACACGGUUCCAGGAUUUGGACUGCUUCACGCAUCUCUUUCCCUGUCUUGAGUCGUGUUUUAUGAUCGUGUGUUGGAAACUCCGUUCAGUCAUGGAUACCUACAGCUCCUUCCCCGUUCUACUUUUACUUCUGGCCUCGUUAAAUAGUGUGUCAACCGUGCAGUUCCCGUCGCCACUUCUGAUAAAGGAAUGGGUGGAGCAGAUGCAACAGGAGCUGGUCACACUGACGGACACAGCCAGUGGAGUGCAGAACCUCAUACAGAUCUUCCAGAGCCACAGGAAGUACUUCAGUGUGGGGUCCAACGAUGCCAGCCAGCUGGUGGCUAAUGCAGCGGGGAACAUCGAGAAUCUCCUGGCCAACCGUUCUCGUGCUCUCAAGACACUGGCAUCCGCUGCAGAGGAUUUUCAGAUGUGGCAUCGGUGGAAGAAUGAUCCUGAGCCUGAUGACAUCCAUUACUACUAUGCCAAAGAAAACCUGGACUCAAAUGAUACAGAGGUCAAGAAGGCAAACCGGCUUUAUCCAGAGUUUAAGGAAGACGAGCAAUUUAGACGCCUCAUCUCCUACAACACCACAGCAGUCCACAUACCCACGGACAUAUACGAGGGCUCCACCAUUGUACUGAAUGAGCUGAACUGGACAGACGCAUUAGAGGCAGUGUUUAGGAAGAACAAGGAAGAGGAUCCUACUCUACUGUGGCAGGUGUUUGGCAGCGCCACCGGAUUGGCUCGCUACUUCCCAGCAUCCCCUUGGAUGGACUCGCGAAAAACGCCCAAUAAGAUCGACCUCUACGACGUCCGGCGGCGACCGUGGUACAUCCAGGGGGCAGCGUCUCCUAAGGACAUGCUGAUCCUAGUGGAUGCGAGUGGCAGUGUCUCUGGUCUCACCCUCAAGCUGAUCCACACCUCUGUCAACGAGAUGCUGGAGACCCUGUCUGACGAUGACUACGUCAAUGUGGUCUAUUUCUAUGUGUUCAGUGUGCCCAUAUACAAUUAUCUGUGUUCAGCAGAGUCAAGUUUAUCAGAGUGUAAAUCCGGGGCAUGUGUAACCAACACAACGGCAGCCCAUAGGAACAAGAGGUUCCUGAAGGAUGCUGUGCGGAACAUCUCAGCCAAGGGCAUCACCAACUAUAAAGGCGGCUUCGAGUUGGCCUUCGAGCAGCUCUCAUCGUUGAACGUGACCCAGGGCAGGGCGUUGUGUAACAAGAUCAUCAUGCUCUUCACUGACGGAGGAGAGGAGAGGGCCCAGGAGAUCUUCCAGAAGUAUAACGCUGACAAAAAGGUGCGGAUAUUCACGUUCUCAGUGGGCCAACACAACUAUGACAAAGGACCAAUCCAGUGGAUGGCUUGCACCAACAAAGGGUACUAUUAUGAAAUCCCCUCCAUCGGUGCUAUCAGGAUCAACACUCAGGAGUAUCUGGAUGUACUGGGAAGGCCCAUGGUCAAAGCAAACAACAAGGCCAAGCAGGUUCAAUGGACCAACGUUUACCAGGACGCGCUGGAGCUGGGUCUGGUGAUCACAGGAACACUUCCAGUCUUCAACAAGACCAACACCAAAGCUGACAAAGAGAGGGGACUACAGAGGCCCCAAAACCAGCUGAUCCUGGGAGUGAUGGCUAUCGAUGUGUCUCUGGACGACAUCAAAAGAUUAACACCGAGAUUUACAUUUGGACCAAAUGGUUAUUACUUUGCCAUUGACCCCAACGGUUACGUCUUGCUGCAUCCCAACCUCUGCCCAAAGAAUCCUAAAUUUCAGGAGCCUGUAACUCUGGACUUCCUGGACGCUGAGCUGGAGGAUGAGAUUAAAGUAGAGAUAAGAACGAACAUGAUUCAUGGAGAAACUGGCCACCGCACCGUACACACACUAGUGAAGUCCCAGGAUGAGCGGUACAUAGACCGAAGCGAAAGGUCGUACACAUAUGCCCCUGUAAAGGGUACAGAUUACAGUCUAGCCUUGGUCCUUCCAGUGUACAGCCUGCAUUACAUCCACACUACUAUCGGAGACACCAUCACCCAGGCCAAAUUGGAAUUGGUCUCUGAAAGCCUGCAGGAAGACAAGUUUGAGGAGUAUGGAUACACUCUCAUUGCACCAAGGGAGUACUGUAAGGAUCUGAAGCCGUCUAAAAACAACACAGAGUUCCUGAUGGACUUCAACGAAUACAUCGACAGGAAGACCCCCAACAACCCACUGUGCAACGUGGAUCUGGUGAACAGAUUGUUGCUGGACGCUGGCAUCACAUCAGACCUCGUUAAGCAGUGGAGAGAUCAGAUGCCAAAUGGAGUCCUGGCCAGGUUUGUGGCCACUGAUGGAGGAAUCACUCGCAUUUAUCCCAAGAGUGCUGGACUAGACUGGACAGAGGACCCAGAGACAUACGAGUCAAGCUUCUAUAAGAGAAGUCUGGACAAUGACAUCUACAUCUUCACACCAACACCCUACCAGGAGGACACCAACAUGACUGAGGACUCAGUCCUGGUGAGCAGAGCAGUGAACCUGGACAUUGAUGGAGUCAGACUCAAACCAGCAGUUGUGGGAGUGAAACUGGACAUCAAUACCUGGAUGACCAACUUCAUCAAUGCUACUCUGAAGAUGAACUGUAAGGACGAGAUCUGUGGUUGUCAGAGGAAUGAUGAGCAUGUGGACUGUGUCAUCCUGGAUGAUGGGGGAUUCCUAGUCAUGGCCAAUCGGGAUGAAUACAUCGGUCAGAUCGGCCAGUUCUUCGGGAUGAUCGACCCUAUCCUCAUGGUCAACCUGGUCAACAUGUCUCUGUUCACGCUCAACAAGACGUACGACUACCAGUCGGUCUGCGACCCCAAGAGGGAGAGCAAGGGGUCCGCGGCGGGCCUGCGCUCAGUCUACGUGCCCACCAUAGCAGACAUUUUGAACGUUGGAUGGUUAGCAUCAGCAGCAGCCUGGUCGAUACUACAGCAAUUAUUGGUUAGCAUAGCAUUCCCUAAUUUCCUGCACGCAGCAGACACUGAUGACGAAAUACCUGACAUGUCCAAGGAGAGCUGUAUCACGGAGCAGACUCAAUACUUCUAUGACAACGAGGAAAAGUCCUUCAGAGGAACACUAGACUGUGAAAACUGCUCCAGGAUGUUCCAUGCUGAGAAGCUGUGGAAGACCAACCUGGUGUUCGUCAUCGCCGACGCCAAGCUCACCUGCAUGUCAUGUGACCAUAAGCCCUUAAUACAGGCCGAGCAGCCUUCUGAGGGACCAGACCCAUGUGAAAUGGCUGAGAAACCAAGGUUCCGAAAAGGUCCAGAUGCCUGUUUCGACAACAACGAGAGGGAGGAGGACUUUGACUGUGGUGGGGCGUCCGCUCUGAGCCCGUCCCUGUUGGCCAUGGUGGCGCUGCAGCUGGCCCUGCUCUGGCUCCUGGCCGGCUCAACUCACCACGCCGUCCCCUCGUGACCUCUGAAGACCUCGGUUGCCCCCGGCAACCGGCAUGCAACGCCGCCUCAAAACGCCGAACGCUAAAACAAAAAAACAUCUGAAACCACUUCCUGACAGAUCUUCCUUUGGGAUAUUUGCGUUUUUCAAGGGUUUCGUUACAUUUCUUCACCCAGGGGUGGGAGAAAGUGAGGAAAGUUAACAUCGGCGGGAUGUAAAAAGAAUUCUAAGCGAGAACUUUCAUCCCUGACCCCCCCUGACUUUUCCCCUCCAGCCAUCUGAGCUUCCAGCCAUCUGAGCUUAGGGAGAUCGAGGUGAUUGAGUGGUGAACUUUGACCUUUGUUUGGCUCGACGAUGACAACCCUGCGAAUGCUACAGGUUGGACUGCCUUACAGUGCCAGGGGGAAAGUGAAAGGACUGCCUCUUCCUUUUGGGUUCCUUUUAGGUUUUUGUGGUUUUUGUGAUGUUCUAAAAGAGAUCCCCGUUGAUUUUUAUUCAACACUGCCAGAAACAGUGCUGCCCUUCGCAACAGUCCCGUUGUGUUUGUCACAACGUUAUUUAUUUAUUUCUAAACGUUUUGCAGUGGCUUGUUACUCAGUAUUGAAAUGUGUGUUUGUUUUGUUCAAGUUGCAAUAAGUUGUUAAAUAGGAAGUCAGAAAUCAGAAUGUUUUUUAUUUUACACUGGGGUGCUGUUGGCAUUAUUCUGUUAGUUUCAACUCCCAUUUAAAAGUAGCAACACAUUUACAUUCACGCUGCUGUCCUUGUAUAGAUGUGGUGUACAACGAUCAUAUUCAUUCACAUACAUGUGGUCACAUAUGAACCCUUUUGCCCCCACUCACUGUCCCCUGUUUGAAGUAGUGAUGGAUCCCUUUCUGUUUGCGGUCAACCACUUCUCCCUCAACCUUGACCACAAAUGGUCAAUGUCGGGUCCUACCAUCUUGGUAUCUGGUCCCUCUGAACUAACCAUCAUUGCCAAAGUGCAAUUGACCAAUCAGGGCACCCCGGCUGGCCUCUAGUGCGCUCAUUGGUCUAAUCUCUAGUGCCAUGUUGAUUCUUAGUCAGACAAACCCUUUAGCUUUAUUUAUUUGACUGUGUGGCUACUGACCUGAAGGAAACUUGAUGUGUUUGGUAUUUAUUUGAAUAUUUAAGUUUGUUUUUGUUUUUUAUUAGAAUGAAGGGCAUAGCUGCAUGCUAGUGUGUAAUGUUGGCUUUAAUGCCAUUAUUUUUAGAUUUUUUGCAAUGGAUAUAAAAUGAAGAGAAAGAGUAGGGGGGGUGUAGGAAAUGUAGACUUGGUACAUGACAGUUUAUUUGUGCUUUCUCAUGUAUCACUUCUUGAUUUGAGUAUCGUUGAAUACGUGACUUGCAACUACAAGGACCUGUCUUUCUCACAAUGUUCUGCUCGCUAUUGUAGAGAACAUUUCCCCAAAUCAAAAACAAUUGCACCUCGUUGCAAAGUGAAUUUCCCCCUUAAAACGUCAAUUGCUUUAAGACCUAUUGGAAAUGUCUAUCAAUACACUCCAAUCUAAAUUCAUUCAUAUCAGUGUGGAUAUCAGUCCUGUUGUACUUUCUUAGUUUUUGUGUGCCUUGUGGUUCUGGUACUUUAAUAACUUUAUGAAUUAGAGAUUCAAGACAGAUUGACAAUAGGAUACUGUCUUUCUGAGUGUACUAUACUAUGGUAUAUACUAUACUAUGGUAUACACCUGCUAACUCAUUUCCCCACAAGAACAGCUACCAACAUGCUACAUGCGAAAUAACAGAAAUGUGCCUCGUUUUAUUCAGGACCAAAUCUGGACCCGUCAAUCAUCCUAGCCAAAUGAUUAUGCAGUGGAAUAACUUUGAGUGAAAGAGACAUAAGGUUAAGUUUCUUUAUUCAACGUUGUAGAAAAACGGUUUUAUUAAAACGCGGUUUUAUUAUCAUGUCAGAAUAUCAACAAUUCCUCUCUAAAUUGAUUGUAUUCGUUUCAUUUUUGAACAUGGUUCAAAAGAGGGACAUGGUAGAUAUGCUGUGCUUUAAAAAAGUAUUAGUAAUACUUCAUUGAAUGAAUUGCUGUAAAUGAAAAUGCAAACAACUGCCAAAACAGGGACUUUAAAGGAGCCUUGGGGUCAGAAACAUUCACACAUUGUUUCCUUUGAAAACAGAGGCAUAUGGACUCAGGAAACCACAUAGUCAAUUCAGUGUAGAGUUGGGAACCGACAUGAUUACGCUGUGUGGUCUCUAGUGCCAUUCAAAUACUUCUCCCGCACCUCAUUAUCAUUGCUUCAAUUAGAAUUACAAAGCCUUCUUACGUCAACCAGAAUAAAAUCCAUCUGGACUUUUUCCAUUUCUCUGAAACACUGAAGAGGAAGGGGAUUUUUGUUAUGAUCCCAGUCUUAAGCUAUGAUUAUUUGCCAAUAUGUUAUGUGGCGAAACUCGAGCACCAUCAGCAAAGGCGGACUGCUGUCAUGUGAGGUGACAUUUAGGGUCCCGUAUUGGUUGUUUCAAUGUUCUGUGGGGAAACUAACUAACAUCCUGUAUUUAAGACCUCAAUAUCUAAGAACAUUCAAGAAUAUCAAGUGCCAUAGGACUCUCUUUCUCUGUUUACUGGGAAACCUAUUACUAACGUUUAUGCAACGUUUAGGAUUGAAUAAGUGCAAAUCUCAUGUAUUUUCCCUGUGUUGCAUGAUAAUGCCAUGAUAAUUAUACUGUAUCAGUGGCAGGCACUGACAUAAAGUACCCUCUAUCUUCUCCUGCUUUGGUGUGUAUUGUUGGCAUGGGAAGCAUAAUACUGUGGGUUUGUUUAUGAUAUGAUAACGAUACAGCUUCUACUGCCUUUCUCUUGAGGAGACAGCAUUUGGUACCGCCCUGAUCUGAGUGAGCGCAGUGGCCUAGCGGUUAGAGCGUUGGGCCAGUAACCGAGAUGUCACUGGUUCGAAUGCACGAGCCGACAAGGUGAAAAAUCGGUCAAUUUGCCCUUGAGCAAGGCACUUAACCCUAAUUUGCUCCAGGGGCGCUGUACUACUAUGGCUGACCCUGUAAAACAACACAAUUCACUGCACCUCUCCGGUGUAUGUGACAAUACAUAUCUUUUCCUCUGUCACAGGUUGUCACAUUCAAGACCAGACUAGACCCUUGGGAAAUGGUGUCUGGUUAUUUCAUGCCACUCUAAGGGCUAAAAUCAGAUGCUGUCACCUCAGGAAUAACAUAUUAGCAGAGUGAUUGGAAGUGUUUUUUGAUGCUGUGGUGCUCUCUGUGUGGAUUGUGUGGGUUAUGCUUUUUCUGGGCUCUUUUUUUUAAAUCAAGAACUCUCAGUGUGUUUUAAGGGGAGUGUUCCAUGCCUGCCACACUAUGUCAGGCUAUUGGUGGGACCGCCCCCCAAUCUUUCUCUGCCAGCGUUUUCAUGGCAGACCAUUGGUGGACAUGUCCACUAAUCUCCCCUUGUCAGCCUCCCUUUUGACAGGCUAUUGGUGGGCCUCCGCGUCAAUCUCCCUUGAUUGUGCUUUUAAGAUGUUACACUUUUGUGGAACUUGAUUCACCUGAAUCAGUCAUGUAUAAAUUUGUACGAUACUGUUAUUAUUCUCGGACGAAAGAAAGAAAAUAGUCAUGUUUAUAAUCCUGGAAAAUGCUUAUUCAUGUGCAAAUACAGUAUAUUCAGAAUAAAACUUUCUCAUUAGCUAUUGAA